AUGCUACUAUGGCAAUCAACAGCUAGUAUAAUAUUAUCAAUUUGUUUUCUAGCGUCAACCGCCUUUACUUCAUCAGUAGACGAUUCAUUAUCAAUUAAUAUAAAAGCACAAUGGAAGAAAAUUGAUUUCAUAUCAAGUUUAAUUGAAAGUAUAUCAGGAUUUACUGAAAGUUUAUACAUUCCAACGAUAGAACUACUAUUCCAGCAAGAUGAAAUUGAUAUUGAUUUCACUUCAGAUGAGCAAAUCUAUGAAUCAGUCAUCAAUAAUUUAAACUUAGACCAAUCAUCAAAAGAUUUUAUAAACUUUAAUUUGGUUAAUAAAAUAUACAGUCCAAGAAUAGUUUCACAUUAUGAACACUACCAAGAUGUAAUGGCAAAGAUUGAUUUGAGCAAGCGAUGUUCAAAAGACUCAUUUGGUGACAACGUAAAGACCAAAAAUGGUCUAGUGCCUACUUGGGUUUUAUACAAUGAUAAAAUUUACUGUUCUGUAAAUGAUUUAUUUGCUUUGCAAACUGAUAUUAAAAAUGAAAAUAUAAAACCAUUCGAUAGAGUUGUUGGAAAAAACUCAAAAUCACCAGUACUUAUACUAUAUGGAGAUCCAAUUGCUGAUCAAACAAGAGAUUUUAUCAAAUUAUUAAUUGAGGAAGCCAACAGUGGUAAAAUUAGAUUUGUUUGGAGAUAUGUGCCACUGGGUAAUAGGUAUGAUGAUACUUUAUCAGGUUAUUCAGCUGAUAUUAAAGUAAUAGAAUCAAAAGAUAAUCCACCUUUGGAAAUUACUUAUAACUUGAAUAAAGAUUUUCAGAGAGUUAAGGAAUCCACAAUUUUAUAUAGCAUUGGAGAAAACUUGAAUGAUAUCGGACUGAAAUUAACUGCUUUUAUACUAUCAAAUAGUAUCAGGUUACCCAAAUACGACUUGCUAAAAAUAAUCAUUAAUGAUCUCCCGAAAUUUAUGCCAUAUAUCAAUCAAUUAACCAAUCAAAUUAACCUUCAUAAAGUCAAAUCCAAAGUGGCAAGCAAUGAGCAAGCUGGAUUAUCUAGUGAUUCCAAUGGUAUUUACAUCAAUGGAUCACCAAUCAACCCACUAGAAUUGGACGUAUAUAAGCUCACCAAUAAAAUUCAAGAGGAAUACAAAAUCAUCCAAGACUUGGUAAAAUUGGGAUUCAACACUAUACAAUCAAAGCUCUUAAUAUCUAAAUUUGCCUUAUUGUCAGCUGUUAAACAGAAUCAAUAUAGAAAUGGUAACACUAUAAUGGGUAAUAAUGAUAACAGAUUCAAAAUAUAUGCAGAAGAAUUCGAUAAAAGUACUCCUCAAAAAGGAGGUGUUUUAUUUGCAAAUAAUAUUGAAUUAAAUGAUAACUACCAAAGUUACACAACUGAACGACAAAAUGCAUAUUUGGGACCAGAAUCAUAUAAAUUAAAGCCUAAUCAGAUUCCACCACUCAAAGAGAAUGUUCACGAUUUAAUAUUUGCAAUAAAUUUGGGUGAUAAACAACAAUUAAAAGUGUUUUUUACAUUCUCAAAAUUGAUUUUAGAUACUGGUAUUCCACAGCAAAUUGGUAUAUUACCACUCAUUGGAGAUGAUCCAUUAGACACUGAAUUGGCAAAUAGAUUUUAUUACAUUGCCUCUUUGCUGGACACAAAAGAGGCAUUGGCAUUAAUUUACAAGUACAUGGAAACAAAGAAUUCUGAUGAAGUACAAGAUUUAUUAGAUAAAAUAGAAUUUUCAAAAGAUUUUAAAGCUGAGUUCUCUGCAAUUCCUGAUAAGUACUCCAUUGAUAGACCAUCAGCAAUUAUCAAUGGUGUUAUUCAAGACAUUUCAUCAUCCAAUUGGCAGUUAGCUAUGAGUAAACAAAUAGCUCAAGAUAUAUCUUUGAUAAAAACUUAUUUAAGACAAGGACCAGUUGAUGGUAAAUUAAAAGACGCCAUUUUGUACAAAAAUGCUAAAUCUGAACGUAACUUAAGAGUGCUUCCAUUAGAUCCUGCAGAUUUAAUCUAUAAGGCAGUAGAUCAAGAAUUAAUGGAUCAUUCAAUUGCUUUUAAAAAAAUCGACAAAUUGUUAGAUUCACUGGCUUCAUUUUGGUUGAUGUCUGAUUUUACUAAACCUGAAAAUUUUCAACAACUCAUCUACCUUUUAAAGUUUAUGAAAAAAAAUUCAAUACUGAUCAGAGUAGUUAAUACAGGAAAUACUAAAGAUUUUGAAAAUUUACAAAAGUCAUUUAGAUUAAAUUCGUUAGCAAAUGCAGAUAUAGACAAAAUUAUCGACAACUUACAACAUGCAUCUUUGUCAACCGAGCAAAAUCAGUUACUUGUUCAAAUACUAGAGUCCAAACAACUACCCACACAUCAUUCAUACUUAUUAAUAAAUUCGAGAUAUUUGAGAUUGGAUCCAACUAUUUUAGACUCUGAAGCUUUAGGUCAACUAUUUGAAUAUGAACUAAAUCAAAGAUUGAAAUUAGUCAAAGAUAUUGUUCAUACUUAUCCAGAUGAAUUCAAUCAAGAAUUGGAAGAAUACAAUAACAUUAUGUCAGGCUUGGAUAUUUUAGAUUGGUUUGAUUUAAUAACAAGCGUCAUUACGAAGUCGUUUCAUACUGAUAAUAAAUUGUAUUUAGCUGAUGUAAAUAGAUUUGAUUUUGGAUCAUUGGACUUUUCAAACCUGAUUGAUAUUAAAAAAUACGAUACUUCCAAUGCUGUUGAUGUAUUGCUAAUAAUCGAUCCAUUAAUGGAGUAUUCACAAAAAUUAGUCAAUAUUGUAAAUUCAAUCAAAGACUUUUCGUUUGUCAACAUAAGAAUUUUAUUGCAACCAAAAACUGAAUAUACAGUGGACGAAAUUCCAAAUAGGUUUUAUCGUGGUGAAUUUCCAGACUCAAAACCUGUAUUUACUCAAAAAGGGAUAUGGAAUCAAACAUACAAAGUUGAUUUCAACAACUUACCUUCAACCACAUAUUCACUCAAUAUUGAUGAGCCCAACAGCUGGAUCUUAAGUGCUAAAUCUUGUCCAUCAAAUUUGGAUCUUAGCAAGUUUAGUUGGUCAAGAGAUGCAUCAAUUUCAUUUGAAUUAUCUAAUUUGGUUGUUGAAGGUUAUGCUAGAGACAUUAACUCUGGCAAAACUCCAAAGAAUUUAGAGCUCAAAUUGUCAAAUGAUAAUUAUUCUGACGAUACUUUGGUUAUGUCUGCAUUAGAUUAUUUUCAAUUACAUGCAAAAUCAGGUAUAUUCUCAUUAAGUACUACAUCAGAUCAUGCUUUAUUAUCCGCAUCAACGAAUAGAUAUGAGUCAAACACGAAGGAAUUACCAGAAAUAAAAGUACCCGUGUUUUCAUUAGAGGGUGCAACUGUAAAUGUAAGAGUCACUAACAAAGAAUCAUCUACAAUUGACAAAACAAAAUCCGCACAUGCAGAUAUUAAUAUAUUCACAAUUGCAGGUGGUCAUCAAUAUGAAAAAUUGACUAGUAUCAUGAUAGCCUCAGUGAGAGAACAUAAUCCCAAAAAACUGAUAAAGUUUUGGAUAUUGAAUAAUUUUAUAUCAUCUCAUUUCAGAUCAUUAAUUCCUAUAUUGGCUAAGAAAUAUAAUGUUGAAAUAGAAUUAAUCACUUAUAAAUGGCCAAAAUUUUUGAGACAACAAUCUACAAGACAAAGAGAAAUUUGGGGUUAUAAGAUUUUAUUUUUGGAUGUAUUGUUUCCACAAGAUCUUGAUAGGAUAAUAUUCAUUGAUGCUGAUCAGAUUUGCCGUACAGAUUUAACUCCAUUAAUUGAAAUGGAUUUAGAAGGAGCGCCUUAUGCAUUUACACCAAUGUGCGAUUCAAAUACUGAAAUGGAUGGUUUUAGAUUUUGGAAACUGGGAUAUUGGUCGGAUGUUUUACAAGAUGAUUUAAAAUAUCAUAUUAGUGCAUUAUAUGUUGUUGAUUUACAAAAAUUUAAAUCUAUGAAUGCUGGUGAUCGGUUAAGAUCCCAUUAUCAAAAAUUAUCAAGUGAUCCCAACUCAUUAAGUAAUUUAGAUCAAGAUUUGCCUAAUAAUUUACAAAGAUCAAUAAAGAUUAAAAGUUUGGAUCAGAAUUGGUUAUGGUGUGAAACAUGGUGUUCUCAUGACAGUUUAAAAGAAGCUAAAAUGAUUGAUUUAUGCAAUAAUCCGUUAACUUUUGAAAAUAAAUUAGAGACAGCUAAGAGAUUAAUUCCUGAAUGGGUAAAUUACGAAACGGAGAUAAAUAAAUUGAUAGAUAAAAUUGAAGACCCCGAGGAUGAAGUUUACGAAGAUAUAGAUAUUGAUGAGCCUGAAAUCGACAAGGAAGAUGACGAAGAUUCAGAUUAUCAUGAUGAAUUGUAA